UUGUUGCCUGUUUCACGGCGGUGUAAAUAAACAGUUUGGCCGAAGAGGGUCUGACUGAAACAUUCUGCUGUCAUCGAGGCGCAGGACUGAAAUCUGCUUCAAGCCGAAUAGAGAUUAUAUUACUUUUGGAGUGGAGUGAGUCGGUUCCUCCAAGCCAUGCACUGCAGCUGUGUAUGGAGCUCCAGGGCUCUGUCCCCUGCCCUGCUCCCUAGGCUGCUGUCCCAUGCAGGAUGCUGGGCUCCGGGGACCAGGCCUAGGGGUAUCUGGAGCUCCCCUCGGAGACUGGCCUCGGCUGUAGAGACCACGCAGCCCAUCCCCCUGCCCAGCCAGGCCCGGGUGGUGAUCUGUGGAGGGGGCAUCGUAGGGACGUCUGUGGCCUAUCACCUGGCCAAGCUGGGCUGGACUGAGAUAGUACUAUUGGAGCAGGGAAGGCUGGGUGCUGGCACCACCAGGCUGUGUGCUGGGAUCGUCAGCGUGGCCAAGCCCAUCUCUAUUGAGUGUAAAAUGGCUGACUACUCCAACUCCCUGUAUGAACACCUGGAGGAGGAGACUGGGGUCAAGACAGGUUACGUGAAAACAGGCUCUCUAUGUCUGGCCCAGAAUCAGGACCGUUUCCUCUCCCAGUGAAGCGCCUGGCAUCCAGGCUGAAGUAAGUCCCUCCCUAACCGCCUUUCUCUUCCCUCCCUCCCUGACCCGG